GAUAUUUCAUAAUUCUCUUCUCUACUUUCUUGGAUAAGGAUGUGGCCUAGGUUUCAGAUCCAUUAGCCCUAUUAUUAUUAUUAUUAUUAUUAUUAUUCCCUUUCUAGUUCUAUGUCUAUCUUCUAUUCAUCAUUUGAGCUCAACUCGAAAAUCUUCUAGUAACUGCUUCUGGUUAUCUAUUUUGUCUUUGUGAUAGUGAUAUUUUUUCGUAAAUGAUCAUCUGUGUUAUUGACUAUUUAAAUAAAUUUAAAUAACACGCAAACUCAGACACACACACACUUUCUCACAGGUUAGAGAAUAAAAGAUGAUGGAGAAGUUCGUGACUGUGCCGCCAUUUGAGUGCGCGUGGCGAGAGGAUUUGAAGUUCAGAGAAGCAGGUCGUGGUUGCGUGGCUUUUGAAGCGUUUGCGUGCAACGAUGUGACGCUGGUUUUUCGAGAGAAUGUGGGAAGCCAAGGGUACCAUUAUAAAAGAGAUAGCAGUCCUCAUUACACAAUCAUAUUGGGGAGUCACAGGAAUCGAAGACUUAGAAUUGAGGUGAAUGGGAAAACCGUUGUUGACGUGGCAGGUGUUGGACUUUGCUGUUCUUCCUCUUUUCAGAGUUAUUGGGUUAGUAUCUACGAUGGGUUGAUUAGUAUAGGUAAUGGGAAAUACCCUUUUCAUGAUGUUGUGUUUCAGUGGUUGGAUUCUCAUCCCAAAUGUAAUGUUCUGUAUAUUGGGCUCAGUAGCUGGGAUAAACAUGUUAGGUAUAGGAAUGUUAAUGUCUUGUCAUUAACACACGCUCAUGUUCCCUUGUGGAAGCAUGUGGUUUUUGGUGAUUAUCAAGUUGAGGAUGCUGCUGCUGCUGCUGCUGAUUUGGGAGAUAAAGAGAUGGAUUAUGACAAAUGGGGGCUUAGGAAUUUUCUCGAGAGUUGGGAGUUAUCUGAUAUGUUAUUUAUUGUUGGUAUAGAAGAAAGACCUGUUCCUGCUCACAAGGCAAUUUUAGCUUCUUCUGGAAACUUCACUUUCUGCUCCUCGUCCUUUGUCAUCACACUACCCACAGUGUCUUAUCUUGUUCUCCAUGCACUGCUUCACUAUAUCUACACUGGUUGGACCCGGAUUCCACAGGAACAACUUGGGUCUUUGAGGGAUUUAAGUUUACAGUUUGAAGUGAUGCCACUGGUGAAGCAAUGUGAAGAGAUUAUGGAACGGUUCAAGCUAGAUAAUAAGUUGUUUGAUAAGGACAAGAAUGUGGAGUUAACAUAUCCGUCUAUCCGACCUCAUUGUUCAACCCUGCCCUCACUUCCUGUCAGCAUUCAGAGACUGAGACAAUUGAAAUUGACGGGCCAGUACAGUGAUGUAAACAUCUACAUUGAUAGUUAUGGCCUUGUUGCACAUGCACAUAAAAUUGUUCUCAGCUUGUGGAGUAUCCCCUUUGCCAAGAUGUUCACAAAUGGAAUGAGUGAAAGCACGUCUUCAGAGAUUACUUUAAGGGAUGUGCCGCCAGAAGCUUUCAAGGCUAUGCUUGACUUUUUAUAUGAAGGGCAAUUGAAUGAUGGAAUUAUAGAUUCUGGUGCUUUGUUGCUCCAACUUCUUUUAUUGGCUGAUCAAUUUGGAGUAACGUCUCUUCACCAAGAAUGCUGCAAAAUGCUUUUAGAAUGCCUCUCAGAGGACUCAGUAUGUCCACUCCUCCAAGUGGUUUCUUCAAUCCCAUCAUGUAGACUUAUUAAAGAAACAUUGCAGAGGAGAAUUUCCUUGAACUUUGACUAUUGUAUCAGUGCGAGCACUGACUUUGUUUUGUUAGAUGAGACAUCUUUCAUCAAUAUCAUUAAGCAUCCAGAUCUGACAGUAACAUCUGAAGAGAAAGUUCUUAAUGCAAUCCUAAUGUUUGGCAUGAAGGCAAAAGGAUUGUUUGGGUGGGAAAUGGUGGAUCAGUUGAUGAUAAAUUCAAAACCUGAACUCCUUUUUGGUGAGAGGCUUCAGUUAGUUUAUAACUUGUUGCCGUUUGUGCGAUUUCCACUACUACAAUUUUCCUUACUUGAGAAGUUGCAGAAUAGCAACAUUGGCUGUCAUAUUCCUGUUUUCCAAAAUCUUGUUAAUGAGGCUAUCAAUUUUGUUAAAUGUGGACUGGCAAGGCUUGGAAAUGAAGAGAAUAUUAGAUUCCAACAUAGACGUUCUAGUUACAGGGAGCUCCAGUACAUUUGUGAUGGGGAUGACCAUGGAGUUCUGUACUUUGCUGGAACAUCCUAUGGUGAACACCCGUGGGUUAAUCCUCUUUUAGCAGAGCCAAAGAAAAUUACCAUUACAGCCAGCAGUCCCAACUCAAGAUACACGGAUCCCAAGGUUUUGGUCUCAAGAACCUACCAGGGAACAUGUUUUGCUGGGCCUCGAUUGGAAAAUGGACAUAAUUGUACCUGGUGGAUGGUUGAUCUUGGCCAAGAUCAUCAGCUUAUGUGCAACUACUAUACUCUGAGGCAGGACGGUUCCAAGGCCUUCCCGAGAUUUUGGAAUAUUCAGGGCUCACUGGACGGGAAGAGCUGGACGAAGUUGAGAGUCCAUGAAAAUGAUAAGACAGUAUGCAAACCUAGUCAGUUUGCAUCUUGGCCUAUAAUUGGCCCCAAUGCUUUGCUUCCCUUUAGGUAUUUCCGGGUUGUUCUCUCGGGACCCACUACUGAUGCCACCAACCCAUGGAACUUUUGCAUUUGUUACCUGGAACUAUAUGGCUACUUCCUCUAAAAUGCUUUUGGUUUGGUAAUAAUAAUAGGCAUGCCCAUACCACACUUUCCUAAGAAUCCAGCUCCGUCAUGUGCAUUAUUAUGGUUUGCUUAUAGACUAAUUUAUUUGAAUAAUGUUAUGGAUAAAGGUCAUGCUGUUUUGCUGAGAGAAAAUGAUGGUUCAAAUUUUAAUGUUCAAAUGUUAUUAUUAUUGUAUCAUUUAAAGGAAAAAUAAAAUAAUGAAAU